GUGGUAGGUAUUCUCGGGUAUAAGGAAAAACAACAACAACCUAACCUUUUUAUAUUUGUUUUUAGAUUUUAAUUUUUUUUUUGUUCAAAUAAUGAUAACAGUUACAGAUUUUAUAUUUCUUUGACAUAUCAAAUUUAAAUAUUAGUAUAAUACGCAGAAACAAUGCCCAAUUGUGCUGAAACUCCUAGAGCUAGGAGAAUCAGAAUAUUUUUGGAAACAACUUUAUAUGUAAUAUUACUGUGUAUUAUAAUUCCUAUUCGAAUUAACCAUGAUGCAGAACAGUUCGAGAAAUAUCUGAAGGUAUUCAAUAAAUCGUAUGAUAAUUAUACCAUGUAUAGGAAGAGAUUUGAAGCUUUCAAGACUUCUUUGCGGGCCAUUGAUUUAUUGAAUGCUAACCGAACUGAUGAAUCUGCCAAAUACGGUUUAACUAAGUACUCUGACUUGCUACCCGAAGAAUUCGUGAAAACUAAAUUACUUCCAGAAAAAGAUUAUUUGACCCACAUCCACGAUCCGUCACCAGUUUCAAAAUCCCCAAUCAGCAAAAGAUCUACCAAAUAUAACCUCCCCAAAAGAGUAGAUUGGCGAGAAAGAAAUGCUGUGAGCGGCAUCCAGUCCCAGGGAACCUGCGGGGCUUGCUGGGCCUUUUCUGUGAUAGGAGUUGUAGAAUCAAUGAUUGCUUUGAAGACGGGGAAGUUGGAAAAACUGAGUGUUCAACAAAUGAUUGACUGCUCCAUGUAUAAUGAUGGCUGUGAUGGUGGAGAUAUUUGUUCGUUGUUGAAGUGGAUUAAGACGGAAUCUGUUUCCAUUGUAGAAGAGACACAUUACCCUCUUUCACUGACGAAACAGGAAUGUAAAAAUGUUUCCGGAAUAGACGGUAUAUUGAUAGAUGGUUUCGAGUGUGAUAGUUUUGUGAAUGAUGAAGAAAUCAUUCUUGCCUUUUUGGCAAAGCACGGUCCCGUAGCAGUAGCAAUUAAUGCCCGGUCAUGGCAACACUACGUCGGUGGUAUUAUCCAGUUUCAUUGCGAAAGUAGUCCAUUGAAAUUAAAUCACGCCGUACAGAUAGUUGGGUAUGAUUUGACGGCCAAUAUCCCUCAUUACAUUGUGAAAAAUUCGUGGGGUGAAGAUUUUGGCGAAGAUGGUUAUUUGUAUAUAGCUAUAGGUAAAAAUUUGUGUGGUCUGGCACAUGAAGUGUCUGCAGUCAAAGUUCUGUGAUUUGUUGAUGAAAAUGUGAAGUGAAAUACAGGGUAAUUAGUGCUCGGGAAAUACUGUAAUUCAACAUGCGUUACUAGAUAGUUUCAGUACCUAAUUGUACAGAUAAAAUCUAUAUAUUUUCAAUGUCCAAAUAUAUAAUUGAGCAGCUAGUCAAAAAUUGUAAUGUUAUAUUAGAGUUAUUAGAUUUAUCAAAAAAAUAUUUAACUACUACUUAAGCUCUUCUGUAUAUCAAACUUUUAUGUAAAUGACUUGAUUACAUUCAUUAUGCAGUA